AUGCUGGGGGCUGGCAAUAUGACAGAAGCUGACGUGGCAGGGAGUGUGGGAGCUGAUGUGGCAGGGGAGAGGCAGAAAAGUGAUGUGUGUGGGGAGAGGGAGAGGAGUGCGGCGGGGCAUGUGGCAGUAGAAGCGCAGUUGAGAAGCCUGGGAGAGGAGAUGGCGAUCUAUGAUGGUGACACACCCCAUGCUGCUCGGCGGGCCAUCCGAGGGCAGUCCCGCCUGAUCUUAUCGAAUCCCGACAUGCUGCAUGUCACCAUGCUGCCUGGCCACCGGGACUUCAUUCGUUUCCUCUCCAACCUGCGCUUCGUGGUGGUGGACGAGGCGCAUGCAUACAGGGGCGCGUUUGGCUGCCAUGCGGCUCUCAUCUUCAGACGCUUGCGCCGCCUGUGUGCUCAUGGUGGGUGGGCGGCACAUGCGUACAGGGACGCGUUUGGCUUCCAUGCUGCUCUAAUCUUCAGACGCAUGCGCCGCCUGUGUGCUCAUGGUGGGUGGGUGGGAUCGGCAGUUGGCUCCUGGCAUGAUACGGCUGGCAUGCCGUUGCAUCAUUUCCACUCCUGCAAACCUCCCCUUCCCCCUGCCCUUGGCCCCCUCCUUGAUCCACCACCAUCCCCUUUCCUCCAUCCUCCCAAACCAGUCUACGGCUCAGAUCCGAUCUUCAUAGUGUGCUCUGCCACGUGUGCGGAUCCCAAGGACCAUGUGCGAUCCCUGCUGGGUGUGGACGAGGUGACAGUGGUGGAUGGCAGUGACGAUGGCAGCCCCUGUGGUCGCAAGAGCUUUGUGCUCUGGAACCCGCCCAUCACCUUGCCGCCUGUGAGCAACCCCCUCUUGACCCCCACCCCAAGGAUCUCAGGUAGUACCGUAAUAGGGACCGCACCCCCUCUUCACCCCGCCUCUGCGGCGCGGCUCAAGGAGGCACAUGCCGCAGGUGCGUUGGAACUGCAGGUGCGUUGGGACUGCAGGUGCGGUGGGACUGCAGGUGCGGUGGGACUGCAGGUGCGGUGGGACUGCAGGCCUCUGCGCCGCAGCUCUCGAAGGCAGACGCCGCAGCUGCUGCAACCAGCUGCUGCAUGCGCACACGUGAUGAUGGCCAAGCGAGCCAGCCCCAUAGUGGAGUUGUCGCUACUACUAGCUGAGAUGGUGCAGCACGACUUGCGCUGCCUGGCCUUCUGCAAGACAAGGAAGCUGUCAGAGCUCGUCCUCACAUACACCAAGGAGGUGCUGCGGGAGAGAGCGCCCCAUCUGGUGAACACUGUGCUGGCAUACCGUGCCGGGUACACUGCUCAGGACCGGCGGCACAUAGAGCGGGAGCUGUUUCACGGGCGUCUCCGUGCCGUGGCAGCAACAAGUGCUCUCGAGCUCGGAGUGGACGUGGGGGCUCUCGACGCCACCCUGCACCUCGGCUUCCAUGGCUCCACCGCCAGCCUCUGGCAGCAGGCCGGCCGGGCAGGCCGCCGGGAAAAGGCCUCUCUCUCCAUCUACGUUGCCUUUGAUGGGCCUCUCGAUCAGUACUUCAUGGCGGCUCCUGAGAGGCUGUUCUCUCGGCCAAUCGAGCGCUGCCAGCUGGACGCAGAGAAUCCCCUGGUGAUGCGGCAGCAGCUGCAGUGCGCUGCGGCGGAGCUGCCGCUGCUGGAGGAUGUGGAUGGGAGGUUCUUUGGCCCGUCAUUGGCCGAGAGGAUUGCUGAGCUGGCAGGGAAGGGCGUGCUCGGGAGGAGCCCGGAGAAUCCCGAGGUGGACCGUAGUUGGAGGUACAUUGGGGAGGGGAGGCGGCCGGCGCAGUUUGUCCCGGUGCGGGCGAUCGACCCAAACACGUAUGCGGUGGUGGAGACGAGGACAGGGAGGGUACUGGAGGAGAUUGAAGAGAGCAAGGCCUUCUUUGUGCUGUACGAGGGUGCAGUGUACCUGCAGCAGGGGCGAACCUUCCUGGUGACUUCCCUGGAUCUGGAGAAGCGGGAGGCACGGUGUGUGCGAGCGGAUGUGCGGUAUUACACCAAGACGAUUGACAUGGUCACUGUGACAAUAAAGGGGGGCACUCUGGCUUUUCCAUACCCACACAUGCCAUCAGCAAAGCCUGCUUCAGCUCCUACUGAUAUGAUGUCAGCACACACAGUGCUCAACGAGGCGAUGACCUCAGCAGCACAUGCAGCAGCACCCUCUGAGCCAAUGACGUCAGCACACGUGGCAAAAGGCAGUGUGCUGACAACAGCACAGACAGCGCCGUGUGAGGUGACGGCUCGGUGGACUGGUUACCGCAAGAUGUGGCGCGGGUCAGGAGAGCCGUUUGAAACGGUUGAGAUGACACUGCCAGAUGUAACGUACGCCACCCAGCAGUCACUGCAGUCGCUCACUCGCAUGCUGCGUUUCCUCAUGCUCGGCAUUCAAACCGUCUCCGUCUCACUCGCACUUGCAUCUGUGGGGGCGUGGGGCGGGCAGGCAGUGUGGGUGGGCGUGGCGGGCGGGACAAAGGCGGCAGUGGAGGCAGCAGGAAGUGACUACCGUGCCAGUCUGCAUGCUGCCGCUCAUGCCCUCGCCAACAUGGUGCCCCUCUUCCUAUCCUGCAUGGCAUCGGACAUGGGAGUGGAGUGUGCAUCGCCCUACGACUCGCGCUUCUUCCCCCAGCGCCUCCUGCUCUACGACAAGCACCCGGGAGGGAUAGGCUUGGCGGUGCAGGUAUGUCCGAUAGGCAGAGGGGAAGAUACUCCAUUUAUCCACCGCCCCUGCUUUCACCGCUCACCCUACGACUCGUGCUUCUUCCCCCAGCGCCUCCUGCUCUACGACAGGCACCCGGGAGAGAUAGGCUUGGCGGUGCAGGUAUGUCCGAUAGGCAGAGGGGAAGAUACUCCUUCUAUCCACCGCCCCUGCUUUCACCGCUCGCCGAACGACUCGCGCUUCUUCCCCCAGCGCCUCCUGCUCUACGUCAAGCACCCGGGCGGGAUAGGUCUGGCAGGGCAGGUAUGA